ACAUUCUUUUGCGAAAUUCAAACAUGGCUGCUUAUGAUGACCAUUCCCUGGAUCCGGAAGCAAGAUUCAAAUUGCUCUCAAGUCUUGCAGAUAAUGUCCAAGUGGACAAAAAUAUUCCUACAAAAAGAUAUUUUAGAUCUGGCGUUGAGCUGGAGAGAAUGGCAGGAACUUAUUUGGGUGAAGGGAGCAUCGAAAAUGCCUUUACACUAUACAUGAAAUACAUAGUAUUGUUUGUUGAGAAGCUUCCAAAGCAUCCACAAUACAAGCAAGCAGAUUCUCUUGCAGUUAAAAAGACAAUGGAGAAUGUCAAAAAGAUUUUCCCAAUUACUGAAAAGUUAAGAAUGACAAUAAAGAAAUUAUAUUCUGAACAGUACAACAAAUGGACAUUUGAGAAAAACAAACGGGCCGAAGAAGAAAACAAAAUUAGGCAACAGAAAGAAGUAGAACUACAGCAAAAGCAGAAAGAAGAAGAAGAGAGAAAACGCCAGCUUGAACAAUUAUCAUCGCAACAGAAAAGUGGGAAAAACUUUCCCCAACCCAGCGCGCCACUUGCACCCCCACCUACUCUACAUAUAGAAGAAGACUACCCUUCAGCCCCUAAAAACAUUGACAUUGUAAACGAUCAGUCUGCCUUACCUGAUGCUCCACCACCACCCUACUCACCCCCUUCGGACUAUUUUUAUAAUCAAGACGACUUGGCUGCAGCUGACACAAGACGUCCAACAUCAACAGACCAGUUUACAAGUGAGCUGAGACCAAGCUCUACUCCUACGGUGGAUAGAACAACUAAACCAAACUCGGUUUUCGAUCGUCAAAUUUCAAGUUCAAUUAGUGGUUUACGAAGAAUUCAUGUACCACAAGCGAUCGUUAGCAGAUUUUUAAGCCUAGCAUCAAUGAACACAUUGCGAAAUGUCGAAACAUGCGGAAUACUCGCAGGAAAAUUGGCGAAAAAUGUAUUCCAAAUAACACACUUAGUAAUACCCAAACAAACUGGAACCCCGGAUUCAUGUACAACUACAAAUGAGGAAGAGAUGUUUGAAGUUCAAGACAAGUAUGAUUUAGUGACGCUUGGAUGGAUUCAUACGCAUCCAUCCCAGACAAGCUUCCUUUCAAGUGUUGAUCUGCAUACUCACUACGCGUAUCAAAUAAUGAUGCCAGAGGCAAUAGCUAUCGUUUGUGCACCCAAGUUUGACCAAGUUGGGGUUUACCGAUUGACAUCCAACCACGGAAUGUCCUUCAUAGGCUCAUGCAAUAAGACGGGAUUCCACCCUCAUCCAAAGGAACCCCCGCUGUUUGAGGAAUCAGAUCAUAUUGAGAUGGACCCAGCAAUGGACCUUAGUGUUCUAGAUUUGAGAUAAUGUGGCCAGAAAUGUUUAAAGAGUUUAUGUAAUAUCAAUUUUUAGUGUUUUCGGAUAUCAUACUGUUAGGUGCAUUUAAAAACAUGUAAAUACGUUUAAUUUGAUUUUAGUUUAGUCUCAGUCGUACCUUGUGCAAUUUAAGUUUCUUAUUACUAUUCCAGGGUACAAAAGCUAGUUCUCAAUUACCGUAUCGUUCUUCAAACCAAAUUGUAUCAUGAGAAAAGUUCCCAACCUUCGUUAACUCGUGCCUAUCAAAACCUGUCUUCUUUCCUCAAGCUUUCAUCCACAACACGUUGUCUAAAUGUUCAAUGCCAGUUGAAUGCAGACUGGGUAGGCCCAUUUGCUGGUCUGAACAAGGUUAAAGAUUUCUUUUUCUCGAUUCCAGUGUCACAGACCCAGAAAAUCAGAAAUGCUAACUCAAGUUGAGCAAGCUACGUUUCAUGCUGAAAGGUCCCCAGCCCCGUAGCUGAAGUACAAUUUUCAUUGACGUUGUUUGUUUGUUUUGAUUCAUGGGGCACAAAGCUGUCCUUGGCUGAAAGAAUACAGAAGAAUUGGUGGAACUUGGCAAGAUCAAAUCGCGACUUUACAUAUAGUCACUGACCGUGCAGGCCCAAGAACAUACGCUCGUGCUUUUCAAAUCGACUGUUUCAGCUGGAGAGCCGCUAAAUUAGCACUUUUGUAUCUCCAUAGCAACAUUGGUUGAAAAUUUUUAUAAUUAUAACUACUCGGUAGGAUGAAAUAAAGGAAAAUUUAGUUACUGGUACAUUGUCCAUUGUAAUGCAAGUAAAUUUCCAAAAAUAUAAUGGUCACACAGUCAGUGACCUGAGAAAAGGUAAUUUAAACAAGAGUUUCGGAUGACACACCUAGACCUUCUCUGAGUAGUAGAACCUGGUACGAUAAACAAUGGAGCUCCUAAGUGAAAGUUUAAAUUCAAAGCCAGAAUAACAGUAGUCCGUUAGGAAACUUAAAAUUUUUGAAAAUCUUUCAUUCAGUAGAUCUCUCCAAAUCUUUGAUUGGGUAUAUCUAAAUUAUUAACUGCUCUUGUAUAUCCAGAGGUGUUUUGUGGUGUUCUUUCAGAUUAUAAGGUCAAAGUAAAAUAU